AUGGGCGACAAGGACACAGUGGAGAAGUUCCUUGACAACAACCCCCAGUUUGCCAAGGAAUACUACGACAAAAAGGUUAAGGCCGAUAUGAUCACAGCUGCCUUCAACAACCAGGUGCAGGUCAAAGACCCGUCCUCUUACAAGGACGUCUCCACCAUCCAGGAGGCUGAGUUCUUAUUCGAGCUGAUCAAGGAGAUGCAAGGCGAGGUGGUUAUGGAGAAAGCCUUGCACAAAAUCCUCCAGAGGAUCGCUCUGCUGGUGCAGGCGGAUCGCUGCAGCUACUUCGGCUACCGGUCCCGCAACGGAACGCCCGAGCUGUCCACCAUCCUCUUCGACGUCACGCACAAUUCGGCGUUUGACAAAAAUUUGGUGAACCCCAACGUGGAGAUUGUUUUCCCCACAGACAUGGGGAUCGUCGGGUGGACGGCACACUCCAAAAAGCCUCAGAACAUCGCCGACGUGAAGAAGGACUCUCAUUUCAGCGACUUUGUGGACAAGCAGACCAAAUACACCACCAAAAAUAUGAUUACGGCUCCCAUCAUGUGCGAGAAGGAACCGAUAGGCGUCGUCAUGGCCCUCAACAAGCAGGGCGCCGACGCUUUCUCAAAGAGUGAUCAGGAGCUCUUCAAUAAAUAUGUCAACUUUGCUGCCGUGGUUGUCCUCCAAGCUCACACUGCUUACAUGUGGGACGUGGAGUCGAGGAGAAGCCAGGUUCUGCUGUGGUCUGCCAGCAAAGUGUUUGAAGAACUGACGGACAUCGAGAGGCAGUUUCACAAGGCCUUGUACACGGUCAGGACUUACAUCAAGUGUGAGAGGUACUCUGUGGGACUCCUGGACAUGACCAGAGACAAAGAGUUCUUUGAUGAGUGGCCCAUCAAACUUGGGGAACAGGAACCUUACAAGGGUCCCAAGACACCUGAUGGCAGAGAAAUCAACUUCUACAAAAUUAUUGACUACCUGCUGGAAGACAAAGAGGAGAUUAAAGUCAUCCCCGGCCCCCCUGCAGACCACUGGGCCCUGGUCAGCGGAUUGCCGGCAUAUGUGGCUGAGAAUGGAUUUAUCUGCAACAUGAUGAACGCCGGAUCAGAUGAGUAUUUUGCAUUUCAGAAAGAGGCGGUGGACGAAAGCGGAUGGACGAUCAAGAACGUCCUCGCCCUUCCCAUCGUCAACAAAAAGGAAGAAAUUGUCGGCGUCGCAACUUUCUUCAACAGGAAAGACGGCAAACCGUUUGAUGAGAAUGACGAGCAAAUUACAGAAGCUCUGACCCAGUUCCUCGGCUGGUCCACUCUGAAUAGCGACACAUACGACAAACUCAACAGGACCGAGUGGAGCAAGGACAUUGCACAGGAAGUUCUCAUGUACCAAAGCAAAGCCACCCCGAGCGAUGUGCAGAGCAUCUUGAGCACGCAAGAAAAGUUUGGUUCUGCACCUGAGGACUGUGAGCAGAAAGAGAUGUACAAACUUCUGAGAGCCAACAUUCCUGAAUCCAAGACCGUGGAGCUGCACGAGUUCCGCUUCAGUGACUUUGCACUGUCCGAGUUGGAGCUCAUCAAGUGCGGCAUCCGCUGCUUUUUUGACCUGGGCGUGGUCGAGAAGUUUAAAGUACCAGCAGAGAUUUUGACGCGAUGGAUGUAUACCGUUCGCAAGGGCUACCGUGACAUCACCUACCACAACUGGAGGCACGGCUUCAACGUCGGACAAACCAUGUUCAGUCUUCUGCUUACGGGCAAGCUGAAGAAGUACUACUCGGAUCUAGAUGCCUUCGCCAUGGUGGCUGCUGGAUUCUGCCACGACAUCGACCACAGAGGGACCAACAACCUCUACCAGACUAAGAGUGCAUCUCCACUGGCCAAGCUUCACAGCACCUCCAUUAUGGAGCGACAUCACCUUGAGUACAGCAAAACCCUUAUGGAAGACGAGAAUCUGAACAUCUUUCAAAACCUGCAAAAGCGCCAAUUUGAGACAGUGCAGCAUCUGUUUGAAGUCUGCAUCAUCGCCACUGACCUCGCCCUUUAUUUCAAGAAGAGAACAAUGUUCCAAAAGAUUGUUGAGGCCGUAGAGGGGAUGCCCGAGGAGAAAGAGAGGAUCAGCUACAUCUCCAACAAUUCAACCAGGAAGGAGAUCAUCAUGGCGAUGAUGAUGACAGCAUGUGACUUGUCAGCCAUCACAAAGCCGUGGGAGGUUCAGAGCAAGGUGGCUCUGAUGGUGGCAGCGGAAUUUUGGGAGCAAGGAGACAUGGAGAGGACAGUCCUGGACCAGCAACCCAUUCCAAUGAUGGACAGAAAUCACGCUGAUGAGCUGCCAAAGAUGCAGUGCGGUUUCAUCGAUUUUGUCUGUUCCUUCGUGUAUAAGGAGUUUUCACGCUUCCACUCGGAGAUCAGCCCCAUGUUUGACGGCUUGAACAACAACAGGGGAGAGUGGAGAGCUCUCGCAGAUGUGCACGAGGCCAAGAUGAAGGCGAUUGAAGACGAGAAGAAAAAACUGGAAGGAGGCCUCGGUGAAGAAGGUGCAUCAAAGUCCAAGACGUGUGUGAUCUGCUAGGACUGACCAGGAGUUUUGAAUGGUUAAAAACAGGCACCAAAAUAUUUUUACAAAGCCACAUAGUGUUAUUUUUGUAUACCAAUGGGAGUACUUCUAUCACAGAAAGUUAUUCCAAUU